AUGCAUGCUCCAGCGGGAUCGAUCACGGACUCCGAAAGGAAGUCCACUUCAUUAUCCCUGGGGAAGCACUUGGGAGGAACAGGCGAAGUCGAAGGCCAAGGUAAAGGUCAGGAGUAUACAUUGGUGCGGGCGAAACCGAACAGAAUGUUGUCUCAUCUGCCACGGAGACCCCCCGUGGAAAUCGAGUACCUUGACAUCAACUACAAGGUCUCCAAGGGACGAAAAGGAGUGAAGCACAUAUUAAAGGAACUCGAUGGUCAUAUGAGAAGUGGUCAAUUGACCGCCAUCAUGGGCCCCAGCGGUGCUGGGAAGUCCUGUCUCAUGAACGUCCUCGCCGGCUACACGACGAAGGGGGUGACGGGGACGGUGACGGUGAACGGGAGGGCGAGGAAUCUGGGGAAAUUCCGAAAGCUCUCGGCGUACAUCACCCAGGAGGACCACCUGAUGGAGUGCUUGAGCGUGGGCGAGUCCAUGGCCAUGGCUGCCAACCUAAAGCUCCCUACCACCUUGUCCCAGCAGGAGAAGGCGACGGUCGUGACGGAGAUCCUGGAGAAUCUGGGCUUGUGCGAAUGCGUGAAGACCAGAGCCCGAUCUCUAUCGGGAGGUCAAAGGAAACGGCUGUGCAUCGCCCUCGAACUGGUUAACAAUCCUCCCAUCAUGUUCUUUGAUGAACCCACCAGUGGACUGGACAGCUCGUCGUGCGUGCAGUGCAUCAGUCUUUUGGAGACAUUGGCGAGGGAAGGAAGGACGAUCAUCUGUACAAUCCAUCAGCCAAGUGCCAGGGUCCUUGAAAUGUUCUCUCAACUCAUUCUAUUGGCGGACGGCAAAUGCUUCUAUUCCGGUUCUGUGAAAUCCCUCAUCCCCUACUUGGGGGAAACCCACGGCCUUCAGUGCCCCUCCUAUCACAAUCCUGCUGACUACGUGAUGGAGCUGGCAGUGGGUGAGCAUGGAGAGGAGCCCCUGGAGCGACUGGUUCAGGCAACUAGGGAUGGCAAGUGUCGCGAAUACGAUCUGGAAUACAACAAGGACUUCUUCCGUACUAGCAGCCGGCUCAAUCAACAAAACAACGGGGGGAUUUCGAGAGAUAACUCCUCGCUGCCCGUCUCUAAUGACGUAGUUCCAGGGCCAGGAGGAGAAGGUGAGAAGAAGCAGAACGGGGAGACGAAGGUAUGCGUGGAAGAGAGUCUCUUGGGGGAGAAGCCUGGAGUGGAGGAAGAGGGGAACGAGCAUGUGCCCAGCUUCGCCGUAUCCUUUUGGACUCAAGUCCGCAUUCUCUUCUACAGAUCUCUUCUCUCCACCGUCCGCGACACGGUGCUGAUGAACGUGAGAAUAGCAUGUCACAUAGGGGUGGGUCUCCUUAUCGGAAUGAUGUACUUCGACCUGGGUGACGAUGCAACCAAGGUGUACAACAAUGCGGGCGCGCUCUUCUUCAACAUCAUCUUCCUCAUGUUCACGGCCAUGAUGCCUACUAUCCUCACAUGUAGGCCCGCAUUUUCUUGCCUAGAGAAGACCAAGUCUCCCAACAACACAGUGUUCCCGAAAGAUAGGUACGAGAGGCUUGUCGCGGAGGUCAAGGCUACAAAGAUCAAUGAGAAGAAAGCCCGGCUAGAGCACGGGAAGACCAUCCUCAAGCACUAG